AUGUCACAAGAAGACGAUUUAUGCAUUUUUUGUUCAAUCUUCAAUGUGAAUACUAUUUUUGGAUUUAUUUAUGCGACUAUUUUAAUAAUUGGUGUUUGUGGAAAUUUAUUUGUGGCAACAAUGAUAUUAAUUGAUCGGAAAAUGUUUGGCUCAUCAAUAAAUCUUUUUAUUCUAAGUCUGUCAUUUGCUGAUAUGGGCAAUCUUUUGGCUUGUUGUCCAGAUAUAGCGAUGUUUCUUAAUGGUGCUGGUUGGCUUUUACCUGAUAUUUUUUGUCCAACGCUAAGAUUUCUCGAAGAAUAUUUCCUAUAUGCUUCGGUUUUAAUGCAGAUUGGUCAAAUGUUGGAUCUUUAUAUUCUAAAUUCGUCUAAUAAUGCAAAGAGUGAUUGGGAUUACUGCAUUAGGUAUAAGAACAAAGCUUUUUUAAGUCUAACCGCAUAUCUGAAAAUGGAAGAUACAGAGCUAUCGUUGAUUAUGGGUGGAACUGUGAAUUUCUAA